AUGGAAGAUUGUAAUAAUAAUAAUUAUGAGGAAAAUGAAAAUGGGGCACAAUUUAAAUUAUACAAUAAAGACAAAGAAAUAAACAAUCCACAAACAAAAUUUGAUCAAAAUGAUUUAGAUUAUAAACUUGAUUAUGAAUUUUCGUUAGGUUUUUUAAUUAUCUCUCAAAAUUCUCAUGCAAGAAGAAUGUCUGCUACAUCAAUAGUUAUUGGAAGUUCUUAUUUUAUUUUUUUCUUUCUAUUUUGGGUUGUGUUAACAGUUCCAAAGGAAUACUAUUAUUAUUAA